UUUUGGACUUUUUAAUUUUGGCACCUGCUUUUGUGCAUACGAACUAGGGGUGGAUUUGCCUUUCGCAGAAUUCCGCCUUUUUGGGUCUUCAGCUUCAGCCUUUCGCUUUUUAAAAAUUGAAAAUUCUCCAUCCCUGAUACGAACGUACCUCAUAAAAUAUAGCCAGAAUUGAUUUUUAAUUGUGAAUCAACUGAAUGGGAAAUUUGUGCGGAUCGUUACAAAUCCGCGAAUAUAAGGAGCCAUUAACCAGACUAAAAAUACUUGGAAUUUUUUCUGAGCUGGAUCCGUCAAUCCUAGGCCCAAAUAUUUAUCUGAUACGUAAGGUACUAUGUCAAUACUACGCCCUAUUCUUCCUGGCUACGGCCUACUUGACGUUGACUUUUUUGGGUUUUUACUCCUUACGGCUAUAUUCGGCAUUUUAUUCUCUCCUUAUUUUUAAAUUUUUCAGGGAACAUGUCAACGAGCUUAGCGGUUGGGAAGUUCGUGAUAACGGCAAACCAAUUUCCGAAGCAAAAGCAGACAUUCUCUCAUGUGCCGACACUUUUGAAUAUUUUGCUGGUGUUCGUUUGGCCGGUGAACAUUUUCCUUAUGAUGAACAAAAUGAACGGUUUGCCUACACAAGAAGAGAACCUUAUGGUGUUGUUGGAGCUAUUGGUGCUUGGAAUUAUCCAAUACAGACAGCUUCUUGGAAAAUAGCGCCAGCUAUAGCCUGUGGUAAUUCAAUUGUUUAUAAACCAAGUCCAUUGGCUCCUAUUUCGAGCGUUCUGCUUGCACUUCUCCUUCAAUGUGCCGGAUUGCCAGAUGGCGUUGUCAAUAUUUUACAGGGAGAAGCUGAGACGGGAGCGGCCCUUUGCGUGUCUCCUUUGGUCCGAAAAGUUUCUUUUACUGGAAGUGUUGAAACUGGGAAGGCAAUUGCGAAAGCUUGUGCUAGUGAAAAUAUAAAGCCUGUAACUUUGGAAUUGGGAGGGAAAAGUGCUUGCAUUGUUUUGGAGGAUGCAUUAAUGGAAGUGGCUGUUCAUGGAGCUAUGUUGGCUAAUUUUUUGAGCCAAGGACAAGUUUGUUCAAAUGCUUCUAAAAUUCUUGUACAUAAAAGCCUUUUGAAUGAAUUUACAAAAAUUGUGGUUGACAGAACUGAAAAUUUGCGUAUUGGAGACCCCCUUAACGAUAAAACCCAUGUUGGUGCUUGCAUUUCUUUGGAACAUUUACAAAAAGUUCAGUCCUUUAUUGAUGGUGCAUUGAAAGAAGGAGCCAAAUUGUUAACUGGAGGAGAAAGAAUAAAUAUUCAAGGCCUAGAAGGAGGAUUUUACCUUUCUCCUUGUAUUUUGACUGAUAUACGGCCAGAUAUGCGUGUUUACAGGGAAGAAAUAUUUGGACCUGUUAUGUUGAUUAUACCUUUUGACAGCGAAGAGGAAGCCUUAAAAAUGGCAAAUGAUACUGAAUUUGGAUUGGCUGGUGGAAUAUUUACAAGGUUAUAUUUUUAAUAUUUUCUAUCGGGAUCUGCUAAAGUAGGUCAAAAUCCAGUGUUUGCGGGAGUAGAAUGAUGUUUUCCCGUGCAGAAAAUUUUUCAGAAAAAAUAGAUUACGUUCCUCGAUUAGGAACUCACAGUCAGAUUGUAGUCUUUCCUUUUUCAACCCCUGUAGAAGUAUAAAUCGCGUGCCCAGUCUUAUAAAAACCUGUCAUGAAUCUCAUCCGAAACCCGUCUCAUUCGAAACCCUUACAAAAUUUUC